AUGAUGCAGAUGUACAGCAGAAGGACAGUCCUACAAUCAAUAAAUGAGGAUUCGUUAAAUAGCCUCCCAGACGACGAUGACAACAUCAUCCAACUAAGCGACGACAACGAUGAUCAAAAUAGACACGGUGUGGCCACUACUUUUUGCUGCUGUCGAGUUAAAAACGUAGAGGCUGACAACAACGACAAUCUUGGUGAAGAGUUUGGCCAUCUUGACGCAAAACUUGAGAGUCUAACCUAUGACAACUGUGAAAAUGAGGUCUACUUAUCAGAGGAGAGGAACAUUACAUACAAUAAAUUAAAGCUCAAAAGUUUCUCUCGCUGGCUUGUUAUGCUGUUGAUCGGAGUCGUAACUGCGCUAAUAGCCUGCCUGAUAGAUGUUAGCGUUCAUCAAUUGUCCCAUGUUAAGUUCAGCCUAUUGGCUAAAUUCUACAAUGAAGGAUUAAACAUGACCCCAACUGCCUCGUUGUUCCGACCGAUGUUGAUGUGGUGUGCCUGGAAUGUUUCUUUCGUCGCGAUUGCCUCCUUCCUUACUGUCUUUGGAGAGCCCGUAGCGGCUAGCAGUGGCAUACCUCAGAUCAAGUGCUACCUCAACGGCGUGAAGAUACCUAGAGUGGUUAGGAUCAAGACCCUUUUUUGCAAGGUCGUCGGGGUCACGUGCUCUGUCCUGGGAGGUCUCGUUGUUGGCAAGGAGGGUCCAAUGAUCCACUCGGGGGCCGUUGUAGCAGCAGGCAUUUCACAGGGGAGAUCCACCACUUUUGGUUUUGACCUGAAGAUGUUCGCGUUUUUUCGAACCGACCAGGAAAAAAGAGAUUUUAUCUCUGGGGGGGCAGCUGCCGGGGUUUCCGCGGCUUUCGGGGCCCCCAUGGGUGGGGUUCUUUUUAGUCUUGAAGAGGGUGCCAGCUUUUGGAAUCAAUCUCUUACUUGGAGAAUUUUUUUUGCGUCGAUAGUCUCAACUUUUGUACUGAACGUGGUCCUGAGCUGGUACCACGGAGUCCCUUGGGAGCUCUCACAUCCGGGUCUCAUCAAUUUCGGGAAAUUCCAGGAUAUGAAGUAUGAUAUGCGUGAGAUUCCGCUCUUCAUCUUGAUUGGAAUCAUUGGUGGCCUUUUGGGAGCCCUCUUCAAUUACAUCAACUUGAAGCUAACACUCUUUAGAUUAAAAAACAUAAGUAGGGGAUGGAUGAAGUUCACGGAAUGUCUUCUGAUUGCCAGCACCAGCACCAUGGCCGCAUUCCUCCUCAUCUAUUUCAACAAAGAUUGUCAGCCAAUAGGAAAAGAUCCCAAUCCCAAUCCUUUACAGUUAUUUUGCCCGGACGGUCAUUCUAGUUCAAUGGCAACGUUGUGGUUUCAGUCGCCUGAAUCUAGUCUCAAGAGUUUGUUCCACGAUCCUUUCGGAUCAUACGAUCACGUAACCCUGCUUCUCUUCUUUGUCGUCUACUUCUUCCUGGCCUGCUGGACAUAUGGUAUGUCGGUGCCCAGCGGAGUUUUCAUCCCGUCGUUGGUCAUCGGGGCAUCUUGGGGACGACUUUUUAGUAUCCCCUUGAAAUUCAUCUGGCCCGGACAGUCCGAAUGGAUACAUCCUGGCAAAUUUGCAUUGCUUGGAGCUGCAUCUCAGCUGGGUGGCAUCGUAAGAAUGACACUCAGUCUCACUGUAAUUUUAAUUGAAGCUACAGGCAGUAUAUCGUUCGGUCUUCCUCUCAUGAUCGUCCUGAUGGUUGCUAAGUGGACUGGAGAUUUAUUCAACAUGGGUAUAUACGACACACACAUACACAUACAAGGCGUUCCAUUCCUUGGCUGGGAACCUCCAGAGAUGACAUCUGACACGCUAGCUAGAGAGGUGAUGAGUCAUCCGGUGACGACGUUUUGUGAAGUUGAAUCAGUGAGGACGGUGGUAGAAACGUUGACGAACGAAAGUCACGAUGCAUUCCCCGUGGUCAAAAGGUCGAUUGGGUCAAGGUCUACAGAUGAGAUUAUAAUUUGUGAAACGUUCGGACUGUUAACUGGCCUGAUAACUAGAUCACAGCUCAUUGUACUGCUCAAUCACAAAUACUUCAUUCGACACUACGAUGAUGAGACGACAAACGAGCAGCUAACAUUAUCUCACUUUAGAGACAUCUACCCUAGAUUUCCUAAGAUUCAGGACGUGGUCCUCUCAGAGGAGGACAUGAACCGUCAUAUUGACCUGCGCAACAUCAUGAACCCAGCACCGUACACAGUAUACGAUAAUACGACCUUGCCCCGAAUAUUCAAGUUAUUUAGAGGUCUUGGCUUGUCACACUUAAUGGUCAUCGACAAGUAUAACGAGUUAAUAGGAAUAGUAACCAGGAAAGACCUCGCCAGGUACCAUUGCAGUAGGAAGCAUUUCUGGAGCAAGCCUGUCGUCUAUGAACUACCCAUGGCCACACAACAAAUCGAGAAAUGAAAAUAAAAUUAGGACCGUCGUCUAUAUUUAGCAUUUAUUUAAUGUAUAUGUAUAUAUAUAUAUAUUGUAUAUAUACGCAACAAUUCAGAUAUAUGUGUAUUAUAUACGUAUAUUAAUGUUUUUUUUAAAGUAUGUAGAAAUUAAACUAAAAUCAUGUGCCUUAGUAAUUUUAGCAUGCAUUUAUCUACGCACUUUAAAUUAUUUAUUUAUUUAAUUAUUUAUUUAUUUCAUUAACUGUCACAAAACGCAUUUAUAUUAUAUACGUGAGAUCUAAAUGCACAGUGAUGUAAAUAUUUAUAGACAUAUAUAUAUGCAUAUUUAUAUUGUAUUUUAACAUUGGUUAUUAGGUUGCAUUUUAAAAUUUUCAAACGAAUCUAUCUACCACUGCUAUUUUUAUUUAAUUCCGGGUCAAUGCAAUGCAGCCCCUGAACCCAUACUCCACUUAAUUUAACAUAAAUGUUUAUACUUUGUGAUUUAAAAUUUUGUGUGUAUAUAUAUAUAUUUUUGUUAGAAACGGUAUUAGAACAAAGAUAUUUUUAAAAAUCAUACAUUAUGUCAUUACAUAGAAUUUUCAAAAUGAAAAAAAAUGAUUUUAUGAUUUUGAUUGCUUCAAAAUUUUCUCAGUUUCUUUGGCCUUUGUUUUAAAUUCCUCUAUUCUAGCCAUGUGAUGUUUGCUCUGUAGUUAAAAAUAUUUUUGUUAAUUUUUAAUCAAAAUAAAAUUUAAUUUGAAU